CUGGUACAGGCACAGCGCGCGUUCCUUCAACCACAACCCCAUUCGGCCGCCCCCUACCUUGCCGCCGCUCGCACCAAUCUCCCCCACACCGGGACACUUCCGCAACGCCGUGCUCCGCCGCAGCACCUGAAAACUCACAACCGCUCUAACUCGCGCUCACUCAGCAGCUAGCAACAAUGGCGACUCAUGAUGGUGGAAUCAAAUCAACGACGAUAAAUGGGGUGAAGAUGUAUACAAUAGCAUCACAGCAACCCUCACGCGCUUCUUGGCUUCCCACUAAGAAGGAGAGAUCUCAUCGCAAAAUCAAAAGUUACACUGAAAAUGUGCAGUUGCUUGAAGACUUGAGGUUCACCACCGCCACCACCAAGAUUAAGGCGACUCCGGAUGGCGAGUAUAUCAUAGCAUCAGGUAUAUAUCCGCCGCAAGUAAAAGUGUAUGAGGUCAGGGAGCUAGGAUUGAAGUUUGAAAGGCACUUGGAUUCAGAGAUUAUUGAUUUUCAGGUUUUAACAGAUGAUUAUUCAAAACUUGCAUUUUUGUGUGCUGAUCGCUCUGUUUAUCUGCAUGCAAAAUAUGGAAAGCACUACAGUCUGCGAAUACCAAGGAUGGGAAGGGAUAUUACUUAUGACUGCUGGUCUUGUGACUUGCUUUGUGCCGCCUCUUCCCCGGAAUUGUACAGAAUCAACUUAGAGCAGGGGCGAUUUCUCUCCUCCCUUAACACACAAUCCCCUGCGUUGAAUGUAGUUUCUCGAAGCAAGCGUCAUGGAUUAGUUGCCUGUGGUGGUGAAGACGGUGCUGUGGAAUGUUUUGACAUGCGUGUGAGAUCUUCAGUUGGUAGAAUUGAUGCGGUUGGACCUAGUGGUGAUGUCGGCCAGGAGGUCACUGCGUUGGAGUUUGAUGGAGAUGGGGGUUUAUUAAUGGCUGUUGGAAGUAGUGCAGGAAAGGUUCUCAUCUAUGACCUGCGCUCAGCACAUCCUCUAAGAAUACAGGAUCAUAUGUAUGGCAGUCCUAUAUUGGACAUUAAGUGGCAUGGUACUCUUAAUUAUGAAAAACAGAUGUUGAUUAGCAGUGAUAAUCAUGUUGUUAGGAUAUGGGAUCCUGAAACGGGAGAGGGCUUGACCAGCAUUGAACCAACAGGAGCAAUAAAUGAUGUUUGUACAUUUCCCGGCAGUGGUUUGAUCUUGCUGGCAUUGGACGCUUGCCAAAUACCAUCGUACUUCAUUCCGUCCCUUGGACCUGCUCCCAAGUGGUGUUCUCAUCUAGAAAAUUUCACUGAAGAGUUAGACACUGGUGGACAAACUACUAUUUAUGAUCAUUACAAAUUUUUGACAAAGGAGGAACUUGAGAGGUUAAAUUUGACGAGCCUGGUUGGGACCAAUCUACUUAGAGCCUACAUGCAUGGCUUUUUUAUUAAUCAUGCAUUAUACAAGAAGGCAAAAGCAUUGGCGGAUCCUUUCGAAUAUGAAACUUAUAUUGAACAGCAGAAGCGAGAAAAAAUGGAAGCUGAACGGGCCUCACGAAUUACGAUCAAGAAAAGAUUACCCAAAGUUAACCGGACCCUUGCAGCUCGUCUCCUUGAAAAUGAAGAAGCUGAAAAUGAGAAGGGAGAUGCCGGUGAAGAUAGAAUUAAAAAGGCAUCUAAGAAAAAGAAAACGCUUAACAUUCAUGAUCUUGAAGAUGAGCGAUUUAAAUCUAUAUUUACAGACAAGGAGUUUGAGAUUAAGGAGACCUCCGAAGAAUAUCUGGCUUUACAUCCCAUGGGUUCUUCUAAAAAACAGACAUCUCUGUUGGAUGAACAUUUUGAACCUGUCAUGUCGGAUGAUGAUCAGAGUCUAAAUGACUCUGAUGCACCAGAAUCAUCUGAAGAUGAACCUGCAAAUACAAUGAAUGAAAAAACUCGGGUUCCAAGGAUGUAUGAAAUUAAGGAUGAGCAGCAUGCAGAGGCAUUCUGGAGCCAAAAAUCACUUGCAACAGAGGACUCUCUUCCUAUGGGAGAUAGAGUGGCUUCUCUCAAAGAUGGCCGACAUUCACGUGUUCCAGAUGGUGUUAAGCAGGGUCCAGGAGGAUCACGGCAAAUCACUUUCACCUCGAGAAGCUCAGCCAGGUAUAAGGAAGAUGAUGACGAUGAUGAAAUGCCAAACCGGAAAAGGAGGGGAGUGCAAUCCGUCGAGCCUAAGCCCCACAGAUCAAAUUUUAAUGGUAGAGGAAGAGGAAGAGGGGGGAGAGGAAGAGGGAGAGGGGGAGGAGGACGUGGGAGUGGCAGAAGAGGACGGCGAUGAUGACCUUAUAUACAAUGUUGAUGGCAUUUGAUUCUCAGAUCUUGGGCUGAAGGCACAAUGAACAUGGUUGUAGGGUCACGUGAUCAUAUAUCAGAUGUAGCAUAGCAUCUCAACUAUUUAAUUAUGUUUAGGGUUUUGAUUUACUUGCAUUUUAGUAUUUAGAGUUUGAGUUGCAGGUCACGUGUAGCCUAGCAUCAAAAUGGUUUACUUACUAUUUCGUUGUUUAGCCUCAUUUUUGGAUGCUCUCUAUGAAAGAUUAUUUUGUGUGUUAAA